GAUGGUGAGGGAGGACGAAAAGGAGGUUGCGACCAUUGUCCACCUCCUCGUACUGCUCCCGGCUAUUAA